GCGCGCACGGCUCAUCGAUCUCGGCAGCCGGUGGCUGGCGGCGGCCAUGGCCAGCGCCCCGUGCUCGCCGCUGCGGCGCAUGCGGCGCCUCAUGGACUCGCUGCCCGAGGAGCCCCCGCCGUGCCGGCGCGAGCUGGCCAGCCGGCCCCUGUGGCGGCGCGUGUUCGUCGAGCUUCUGGGCAGCCUGCUGUUCACCGUGUUCACGGUGCCGCUGCAGCCGCGAAGGCCGCAGGCUGCCGACAGCGGACCCCUGCAGUGCAGCGUGGCGAUGGGCGCGAGCGCGGCGGCGCUCGCGCACUGCCUCGCCGGCGACCUGAACCCGGCGGUGACACUGUCGCGGCUCGUCGGCCGUCGUCUGAGCGUGGUGCGCGCCCUGCUCUGCGUGGCCGCCCAGUGUUCGGGCGCCUGCCUGGGCGCCGCCGCCCUGUACGGACUGGCGCCCCGCGACCAGCGCCCCGCGCAGCAGCCGCCCCAGCAGCUGGCGCAGGGCCUGCACGCCAGCCAGGCCUUCGGGGUCGAGUUCCUGGGCACCGUGCUGGUGGCACUGAGCGCUCUUGCCACGGACCGCGCCGCCUCGGGUCCCCUGGGAGUCGCGUACGCGGCCGCCGCGCUAUUCGCGUACCGCUUCACGGGCGCCGGCCUCAACCCGGCGCGCUCGCUGGGGCCCGCGCUCAUCACGAACACGUGGAAUCACCACUGGGUCUACUGGGCGGGACCCAUGUUGGGUGGCCUGAUGGCAGGCUUCACUCAUGAGUACACGCGGGGUGCCAGGCUGGGCCGGGAGCCGGCGCACAGCCUGCGGCCCUCGCCGCCAGCGGGCCAACCGGCCCGGAACAACCACGUCAAGCGCGACAUCAGCGGGCUCGAGCAACGACACCGAGCUCACGCUCACGUCCAACAACGACUGCCGCGUCUGACGCGAGUGGUCCGGCGGAACACACGGUGCUCUGUCGAGGACGACGACACGCGGUCGCGGUUUCGCCGGCGCCGGAGGCGCGCGCUGAUAGACUGCGCUUGCGUCGCUCGAAUUCUGGAGGGCCCGCAGUGCGGAUUCUACGGGUGUGCUGCUGCUCGAAGAGAAGGAGUGGUGCUGCCUGGCCAUAAAGACGGCUUCCCCGCUCUGUCGACAGAGUUCUAUGGAGGUUCAACCUAAAGAGAGGCCCCCACGUACGCGAAGAACACUCCAAGCGCUUCUUCUUUCUCUUUCCCUCUUAUUGUUUAUCUAUUCGGUAACAUGCACGUGAUCACGGUAGGAAAUCUUCCUUAGGUGGGAGAACUACCUUGCCAUGGAAUGCAUGUGCGGCUUUAGCAUUUCGGGCACCGUGGUCAAAUAUGUUCUAUCUAUACCCGAAGUGUUCGCUAGCUGCGCAUGUCCCAGUAGUUAUAACCCCCGUGCUGAAAAGCGGUGGUUCCUUGCGGGCCAAUUUUUUUUUUUCACUAUACCAAACAUGAGCACACUACCUGCCGCGAACAACAGACAGUACAAUCCUGAUGACACGCGAUUUAAAGUCAAUGUGUACCUUCGCAUACUGUCAGCUAGAACGUUAAAAGCAGCAUUCACAUAACUGACCAUAACUCAGUCUUGCGCAUUGCGCAACGUGUUACAAGCUGUAAAUUUUGAAGCUCGCACACCAGCCUUCGCAUGCGCACUUUUGACAGCCCGUAAGAUAUCUUGCAUACAUCAUCGUAAGCGUGAGGUCGCGGACAGGGAAGACACUGGGGAAUUGUCGCCGUUACGGCUGUGGGGCCAGGGGUGCGCCCCAAGGGGAAACAUUUGUAUGCUCGGUGCUCAAGUGUUGGGUUCCAAACUGCCCUGUUGCUUCGUACUCCUCGCGGGUAGCAAAUUACUGGCCGACAUCAUGCUUAAAAAAGCGCUUUGAGCAGCUCGGACGGCCACAUCACCGACUAAGGAGCCACUGCAUGCUCGGCUACACCUGCCUCUCAAUGGCAGCCUAGCCGUUACAGCGUGGCGAUAGAGGCUAGAAAACGGCACCCGAAUUCCCACCAGUUCCCCCGAUGAACUUUUUGGCCUGCCCUUGUUCUGUAUGUCUUCUGUAUAGUUGGGAGGCAGUUAAUAAGAACGUCGGCUAGUGUGGCAAAAAAGUAAUGUUACACAAAUGCACAGACACAUCAAAACGGGCGCAUUGUCACAAUCUUUCUAUUUUCAUUCACUACUUAUUGUUUCCGAGUACUGCAUAGAAGGCAGUCUCUGAAUAUACCAGGGACGCUCACUACAACGGACCUUGACCUCUUGUUGAAAGCGUGUAAUCUUCAAAUUUUAUUAAUCGACAACGGGGCGGCACAUUUCGAGCGUACCCUACCUAGAUGGUGCUUCGCGGAGACAUGAGUCAGGAGAGUGCGAUAUGCUCGCUGUGUACAGAGUACAUAUGUAUAUGCCCUAUCGGCCUGCCUUCAGCCCAAUAGCACAGAAACCUUUUGCGCCAAUGUAGCUUCGGCGUCCCCCAACCCCGAUGCUCACUUAGGGGUCCCUCCCCUCUCAGGAUACUAAGGCACAUGCACCGCUCAGACGAUGCAUGCAACAAGUUCCUUAGGCUGCUACCGCCGAUUUUAUUUCAUUGUUGGACACCGACAGAAUCGAUCUUACAUCUCUCCCACUUCCUUGUCGUUUGUCGAAGCUGUUUGUCAAUGAAGCAGACUGCAUCCGUUUGUGUUUUCUUUCUCUUCUUUUUUUUUUUUCUUCUGACGACCUGACGAAUUUUUGCAAAGGAGACUGUUCCCGCAAUCGUUGUUUUGUUAUUUGCUAUGCGUAGCGAUUGUUUCCCUUUCUUCCUUAGCGUCAUGGUUUCACAUUUUGUUUAUCUUAAUACCAGAAGUAUGGAAGAAAUAAAACUAGUGUGAGUUUGACAGAAAGUACGUGCACGCAGUUUUG